AUGGUCCGAGCGCCGCUCUGCCAUUCGGGACCCAGCGGCCAGAAGGCGGGCGGGUCCUGGGCGAUCGCGGCGCCCCCAGCCCGGCCUUCGCUGCUCUUUCUGCUGGGUUGGCGGGUGCAAGGCCGGCUGGCCGCUCCCCCUCCUGGCGGACAAGGGGAUGGGGAAGUGGCCCCGCUGACACCUCCCAUCUGCGAGAGAAGCGCCCUGAGCCAGCAGCCACAUCGGCCAGAACUCAGAGAUAGCAGCUGCCAAGUGGAACAGCUCCCAGGGCUCUUCCCACAGGGUGUGAGAAGCAUCAGAGAUGUGCUAAUGCCAGAAGCUCAGGCAGAAGCCAACAGGUCCAACUUCAUCCAAACUCUGACUGUGUCUACCCUGCAGUGCCUUGGCUCUGGGAGCAAAGUAAAAGUCAACCUUGUAUAUUCAGAGAGAAGGCCAAAGUUCAAGCAUUCUCUAAAGAACCUGAGAGUCAUUGCUGCUCCCCACAGAAAUAGCACUGCUUUCCCAAGCUGUUACCUAACUCCCACAUCCAACUUUCAGAAUGGAUCUCUUCUAACAGGAAAAGCUUUCUUACCAGGGAUCUCCCAAUGUAAGGUCUAUCCAGCGAUGGGAGCUUCGUCAGAGACUUUCCCCACUAUUACCACCUCCAUAACUCCAGGGAAUAAAGAAAGAACAAAAACUACAAGUACUGAUGAUGUUUCUAGCCCUUUGAAACAACAAGACACAGAUGAAAACCUAGAGAAGAGGCAGAAAUGGAGCACUCUGGUCAAAUUUCUGAUUGCUGUCACUCUGUUGCUCAGUGUAAUCGCCAUUACAGUGUUUGUCAUUUUUGAAGUCCCAUGUCCUAGUCAAUGCCUGAGAAGCAGAGAGCUAUGCCAAUGCCAACGACUGUGGAGAUGGCAAAGAAAGGGAGGUCAGCAACCUGAGGCAGCUGAAUCCCAGCCUGACUCUCAGUCAGAGAAGGUUGGAGAAAAUACUCCCAACUCAAGCUCAAAGAAGGCUGCAGGGAUCACUGUUAUCCACCAGACAUACUUCUGAAAAGUUUUGCUCUGCCUCAUAUACUGCAUGAUGGAUACUACACUGUCUUCUCCCUAUUAUUAAUUAAGAUGGGCAGACUCUUGCCAAUUCUACACUUUUUCCUUCAGCAGGAACAUUACAAUAAAACAGUAAUGCCAAGCCAAUGAAGAGGGAGCCUGGGCUUAACAAUCAAUUACCCUCAUGCCACUGGUACUGACUGAGUCAUAAACCUUUGAGAUUUACUUUCUAC